ACGAAACCUCUGGUAUUCAAGUUGACCAAGUUUCACACCCAGACAUGUCCGACUGGUCGAAAUUGGCGAGCAGUGUUUUCUCCCAAGCGUCCGACAUUUUGACAGAGGCUAAACAACGAGUUCAAACCAUUUCUCAGGAAGAUCUAGACCCGCAGAACAUCGACUGGUCUAAAGUAUCGAGCGAUGUUGUCUCCCGUGCGUCUGACGCUCUGACAGAGGCCAAACAGCGCGUCAAUCAGGCUGCGUCUCAAAGAGAUAUAGACCUACAAGACGUUGACUGGUCCAAAUUGUCAGCCAAUGUUGUGUCCCGUGCGUCUGACGCUCUGAGAGAUGCCAAACAACUGGUACGAUCUAACGGAAAUCUAGACAUGUUUCGCAACCUAUGGACCAAAUUUUGGGGCAGUAUUCUCUCCAGCGGUUUGUUCGCUUUGACAGAAGUCAAUAACUGGUCAAUCAGGCAUCCAUAUAAAUCAGCUGGAGCCUUGCUACUCAUCGCUGCGUUUGAAAAUCCUGCGAUGUCUCUGACAUUAUUGCGGCUCGCAGGAACUACAUUAUGGACCUUGUGUUUUCUCCCGGUGCGGUUGAUUAUCUGGCAUCUUGGCUUCGGGAGUCGAGGAGUAGAAAAAGGUUCGUUUGCAUCCCAAUAUCAGUCCUGUCGCUACGAUGGUAAUGUGCCACGAGGCUCUGAUUUUGCGAAACUGCAAUCAUAUGGGGCCACCAUGCCGACAGCCACCUCGACGCUUGUCUCGUCGUUGUCGUAUGCUGGAGCUGCCAUUGUCUUGGGCCGGGAGUGGGGAUGGUGGCUCCAAUGAGGUGAUUGGUAUUGUAUUGUAUCGAAUGCAGUUGAAAAGAGAUUAUCUUGUUGAGGUAUGCAUGUCACCAUGGUCAAAUGAAUCAGAGUUCUGGGUUGGUCCGUGGGGGCUUGAUGGAUGCCGUGGUGUAGGUUGUUCGUAACUGACACAAUUUUAGGGUAGUGUUGGCACUUGGCGGGUGCUCCGUAACAGUACUAGUGUGAAUUUGUGACCGGCCAGCUUAGAGAUCGUAACACACGCGGAGUACGCGGUCCUUGCGCAGGAUACUGACUAUGAUUCGCAUGUCAGUCCUCAUUCAGUUAAUACUCGGCUUCUCCUUACUCCCCUUGUAUUUGGCUGUGACUGAGGCCUUAGCUAUGCGACAUAGAGGCUUGACUAAUAAGUUGACUUUCCGGAAGAUGUUUUCUGUGAUAUGCACUAUCUGACAUGCAGCUGAGGCCUGCAAUGCGGUGCAUUAUAAAUGUUUAGCUCA